AUGAAAGCAAGUGAGAAUAAAAAGGAACAUAAAGCUUUUACUCCAACACAAGCACUCUGUGUUUGUAUAUUGACUACACGACUUCGUGGUACGUUGACAUGUACAGAAAACAAGAAUGAGUUGCAAUAUUUUCCCACUGAUUUUUCAUCGAAAGCAUUAAACUCAAUCAAUAUCAUAAAAAUAGCUUUUCAGUGCAUACAUAAAGGAGUGUGCGCUCAAUAA